AUGACGGCCCUCACCCCACCCCUCUUGUCAUCACCAUCUCCCAUGCAGGCAGCUCCAACGCCCAUCUGUCACAAAGAACUAACCAAAAGCCACAAGUGGGGCAGGAGUGGUGAUAGGGGGGGGGGGGGGGGGGACGCAGGCAGGAUAGGUGGUGGUGGGGGACGCAGGACGCAGGCAGGAGUGGUGGCAGGAGACCGCAGGAAGCAGGCAGGAGUGGUGGCAGGAGGCCGCAGGAAGCAGGCAGGAGUGGUGGCAGGAGGCCGCAGGAAGCAGGCAGGAGUGGUGGCAGGGGGCCGCAGGAAGCAGGCAGGAGUGGUGGCAGGAGACCGCAGGAAGCAGGCAGGAGUGGUGGCAGGAGACCGCAGGAAGCAGGCAGGAGUGGUGGCAGGAGGCCGCAGGAAGCAGGCAGGAGUGGUGGCAGGGGGCCGCAGGAAGCAGGCAGGAGUGGUGGCAGGAGGCCGCAGGAAGCAGGCAGGAGUGGUGGCAGGAGGCCGCAGGAAGCAGGCAGGGUAG